UUCGCCGGGUAUGGGAGGGGGGGGGUCUUUAACGUGUCUAUUUGUCAAUGAGAGGUACAUCUUGCAGAUACAAAAUCAUAAGCAUGGGAAAUGUGUGUCUUAGGGCACAGAAAUAUUUUGAAUUUUCCACAGAUUUACGGUGUAAUAAAUAUGAAUAAGGCUUCGUUGGCACUGGGUUACUAUUUUGGUGUUAAACAUUUUCCCAGCAUUUCAUCAGUUAAAGCAGCAUCUGAUCACACAGUAUUAUAUAGUCACCUCUUACAGUAUGUAUCUAAAUAUCGGGCACAUAACAUUUCUGUAUUAAUAUCAAGCCCAGUUUGAACUGUGCUAGACCUGGGUGCGGGCGAAAAAAGCCGUGACGACAACAGCAUUAAUAUCCUUGUUAUCAUUUAUCUUAUGAAUAAAACGUGGACUUGGAUUUCAUUUCAUAUACACAAAUCAUUCGGUUGGACAUUACUCACCUCUGUGUACGUGCGAUUUAAGUAAGGAAAUAUGAGAAAGAUGACCGCAGAAAUGAUCAUUUCUUUUACUUUGUGGCUAAUAUAUUAAAGGGACAAUCUAAGAAUAUGAUAAGAUCAUCAUUUGACAAAAAUUCAUAUAAAUGUCAUACAUUUCCACUGCGGUAUUGUGGACUGCUGUAAUGAACCUGAUAUAUUAGCUGCUCACGACUUCUUCCAGGUUAAUUUGAAGUAAGGAUCAUGCGUUUGAAUCUAUAUUACCAAAAAUGAAAAUAAACAUUUAAUAUAUUUGUCACUGCACGUGCAGCACUGAUUCAACACCAGAAGACAAUAUUCGCACGUCACGAUGAACGGAAAUCCUACUGCGCUGUCAUAUACAGACCCUAAAGGUCUUCAGCAUACCGUUACCUAUCUGGCACCCUGCGUUCGUCACGAUGAACGGAAAUCCUACUGCUUAUACAGAAUCUAAAGGUCUUUGGUAUACCGUUGUCUAUCUGGCACCCUGCGUUUGUCUUUAACAAGAUGUAAUCGGACGAAGCGUGUAAUUGAUGAAUUACAGCAUUCAGAUUGAUUUGAUAUUAGAUUGCUAAAUUACUGUCAUUAUAAUAAAGAUGUAGCUUUAACUUUAAAUCUUAUGAGUUAGGUGAAAUGUCUUAAACAGCUUAAUCAUUGCAAAAGGAUGAUUGCUCUCCCAGGCUGACUUCCUAUAUCAUAAAGUGAGUUGGACCCCAGCCUGUCAUCAUCUCUGAUAAAAUGAUACCCGAAGCAAACUAAAGGAGGCUUUUAUGCCGUAUAAAGACUAUCAUUAAGGUAUGCUUUAUUGAAGGGUAAAACAUAGGCUUUGAAUAGAUCAGGAAACUAAGACUUCGUUUCGCACGUUCCUUCAACUUAAUACUUGUAUUUACACUCUGUCUACAGUAUUAGAAAGUAGGGCACAUUAAAAACCAACGCGUUGCUCUGCUCUGAAUAUUAAUUGGCAAUGGGACAUAAACAAAGGAUGUGUGAUUAAGUCAUAAUCUUCACCCGAGAUGACCACGUGUUCGGGAACCAGGCUGCGGCCGCACCCGGCGGAUUGCAAUAAGUUUCUACAGUGCAGGAAUGGCAUCUCGGUAGAGAGUUCCUGCGCGAGCGGCCUCGUCUUCAACCCUAAAACUCAGGCCUGUGACUGGGGCUAUAAUUAUGAGUGUAAAUCGACGGCCGAGGCAUCACCUCAACCACAGACGACAGUUAACUACAGGGCGACAACCAAGUCAUGGAAGUCCAGCACGGUGCCAGUGGAAAUAACAUCGGAAAUUGCGACUCCGGCGCCAAUGAACACUGCAUCCGUUGCUAUCACCAUAACACCGAGUCGUACUAUUCUUCUUCUCGGGCUGCCGAGAACCUCGCCCCACAACACAGCGCCAUCUAGGGUGACGUCUGACGCUACCGCCAUAUCUACAUCUGGCACACCGUUCAAGUCCAUUGCACACAGCACAGAAGAAGCGGAUAUUUUUAAAGCACACGGCAUGAGCUCGGGUGAGGGGGUAAACGGCGGCGUAUUCGGGUUUGUGGUCUCAAUCUGCCUUAUCGUAGGGUUGCUGUUAUUCCUGAAGAGGGAUUAUUUAAAAAGAAGAUUCUUCAACAAAUGUUUUAAAGACAGGGAGAAGCAAGCUAUCCGCAUAGAGCCACAGAAGAAGCGUCUCUCACCUGAAGAUAUACACCUUCAUAUUUACGCCGAGCUGCCGGAUCCCAGUGAGAGGAAUGAUAUGAAUAACUACACUUACAACCCCAUCCCAGAGAGAACGUCGAUAUCAUAUAUUGGAGAAAUUAGAGGGAACCACACGACAACAGGUGCGGCAGAAGACACGUAUCUCGAGCCCUCAGUGCAUGGAAGUCUACGCGCAGAUUCAUCGUUAAAAUCGAACUUACAAAACAACUCUCUGUAUUUAACAGAAAGUGGCGAUUUAGGCAGAAACAUGUACGCUGAAGACGUAAACAAUGGGUUGAAUCAAGAAAUGUACCACGAAGACGAGGAUAUAUAUUCUUAUGUAAAAGAAGACAGAUCCUCGAAUAACGACAACAGGGAGGCAAAUACAACGGAGGAAUAUUCACUUUGGUCAAAACACAAUAAUCAGGAUGCGAGCGAAAAGUCAAACACAGGCGACCCUGGUUACGAUGCGAUAGAGGAGAAUAUUUACGAUUGCGUCUGCGAAGUGGACAGGCGGAAUGAUGCCACGGAGAACUCGUCUGUUCACGGCGCUUCAUAUUUACCACAACAAAACGCUGACUGCCAGACCGAUGCGUCGGUGUCAGUGACAGACCUUUCAGUUUUGAGCGACUCUCAGCCGGAACUAGAUGCUUCUGUCGACUCCAGUGAUUUUAGUGAUUUCACAGAUGAUGAUGAUGAGGGUUUUGAACCGCCAUAUGAAGAUGGCUUCAGUGUUAAAUUAGAAGAGGGCAGUAAGAGGACUACUUAACGGAUCGAUUUUUAUGAAGCAAUAACAAAUUAUUUAUUUAUUCAUUUGUAUUUGAGGAUAUUGCCUCAGAAUUCAAAAGCGUCACUUUCCCUUAAAGACGGCGUUUUGCUACAAACAGGUCGUAUAUACAUUGUAUCUGCAAGUGUAAGCCGACCUAUUGGCAAAUUCUGUGUUAUUUAGAAAUCAUUCGUACACAGGAGUAUAUGUAAGGGUAUCCCUGCUCCACGCCAGACGGCGCUUUUCAAGCUUUAAUUGAAAAUAUUGACAUAAUGAGUGCAAACAUUACGGUUAUCAGAUUUGUGGUUCCAGUUGUCGAUCAGUUUAUGUCAUUAUGUCGUUACCAAUGACAUGUGACUUUUUAUUAUUCAGAUAAGCUGAAAAAAGUUGCAUUUUUGACAACCUGUCAAUUAUUUGGAAUUAUCUGAGCUCCUCUAAGGUGGAAAGACGAUCUAAAUUGAACUGAAUGACUGAAAUCAGGGACUUCUUUAAAUAAUAUUACUAAUGGAUAACAAGUGUCAAACUGUUAAUUUUACUUUGUCUAAAAAUGCAAUUUGCUUCUUACUUUUACAGAUAAGGCAUCUCGCUUUCCGCUGGUCGGAAAUAUUAAUAAUGUUUUAUUUAUUACGACCCAUUUAUCACAAUUCUAACCGCACAAAUGAGGCCCUCAACGUGAUCUGCAUCAAACUAAAUCAAUAUUUCAAUCACGGUAAUUGUCAUCAUUUUAUCAGUUUAAAAUAUUAGCAACAGCAAUGACGCAAUUAAUAAAACCUAGCUGUCAACCCUAAUGGCGCUUAAUGUGUGCUUGGUUGAGCUGAUGACUCAUGUUUUUAA